UGGCCCAGGAGGCCCUGCCGCCUGCGGCCCGCCGCCCGCCUCGCACUGAGCCGAGUCCGCACGGCUGCAGCAUGAGCCGCCCCGCAGACAGCCCGAUUUUUACGCCCGGAGAAGACUGCGGCGCUGCGUGGCGCGCGGCGCCGGCGGCCUACGACCCGGCGGACACGCACCUGCGCAUCCUGGGCAAGCCGGUGAUGGAGCGCUGGGAGACCCCGUACAUGCAGGCGCUGGCGGCCGCCGCCACCUCCAGAGGAGGCCGGGUCCUGGAGGUGGGCUUCGGCAUGGCCAUCGCAGCCUCAAAGGUGCAGGAGGCUCCCAUCGAUGAGCACUGGAUCAUCGAGUGCAAUGAUGGCGUCUUCCAGCGACUCCAGGACUGGGCCCCGCAGCAGCCACACAAGGUGCCCCCCUGCCAGCCCACUUGUGAUCAAAGGCGCUCCCUAGAGGAGGCUGGGGGCCUGGGGCGGCCACAGAUGGGGAGAUGGUCUACCCUUUCAGCAGGGAUCCUGUAUGACACGUACCCGCUGUCAGAGGAGACUUGGCACACGCACCAGUUCACCUUCAUCAGGAACCACGCCUUCCGCCUGCUGAAGCCUGGAGGAGUGCUCACCUACUGCAACCUCACCUCCUGGGGGGAGCUGAUGAAGGCCCAGUACUCAGACAUCACCACCAUGUUCCAGGAGACACAGGUGCCUGUGCUGCAGGAGGCGGGCUUCCUCAGGGAGGACAUCCGCACGGAGGUGAUGGCUCUGGUCCCGCCAGCCGACUGCCGCUACUACACCUUCCCGCAGAUGAUCAUACCCCUGGUCACCAAGCACUGAGCCACCCGCCUCCAGAUCUGCACACACUCAGUGCCUUUGUGGGCCACGGCCCACCUACUAGGCCUCUGUGCCCCACCUGGUGCCUCUGCUGGGCCUGAUUCAGCAGUGGUCACAGCUUUGCUGACCACUGCCAGGUAACCUGCUGGGCUGAGAGAGAAAUAAAGGCGGCCAGUGGGCA